ACGUAUAGGUGGAGGGAGCCCGCGCGAGCGAGCGAGAGAGAAAGAGAGGGAACGUCGCUCUCGGCUCUACUGGCGCUCGUCGUCAGUGCGCGCUACGCGAUAUCGCAAGCCGGUCGUCGCUGUCGUCGUGCAUCGCAUGUAUGUGAGACAGAACAGUGCAGUGUGGCGUCGCCUCCCCCGUGACAGUAGGUACAUUAUCGGACCGUUGUUUUUGUUAUUUUUGUUCACCGACUCAGUUCAGUGCGUUCGCGUAGCAGACAUAGAGAGGUAGAUUGUGCUUUCACUCAGCGACAGCAGUGCUUUUACAGUGGUGCAUCCUUUUGCGUGCGUGCAGCGGGAGAGAGAGAGAGGAGAAAGCGCGAAACUGGCACGCGCUCAGACCUAGUGCUACGCUGCUGUGUUUUCGUUCGGUGCAGCGCGAGAGGAGUGCACGGGUGAAAAAAGCAUCGCCGAGCGGGAGUUUCCCGGUAACGGCCGCGUCUCCCCGCCGAGUUUUCGAUUGAGGGAAUCGAUUUUUUGAACCAGUGCUGUGCACGGAGCCGUCUGCGUCUGUUGCUCGGCUACGACGACGAGCCUCUUUUUCCACAGAGCCGCGCGCGCUCUCGAGGAAAAAUUCCAGCCUCUCCCAUCGUCGAGUCGCGCGCGCGCGCGCGCGCCCGUUUUCCCGUGCGCCUCGAGUGAGUGUAUCCGAGAGCUCGAGGAUUCCUCGCGAGUGUAUUUUUGUUUCUCGCUCUUCUGUUGGCGUUGCUUACGUAAGAAUUCCGAGUAGCGGAUCGUAGCGGGAAAAAAGUCGUCGCGAGGCGCUGUGUACUGCGGGCAAGAGAAGAAAAUACGAGGAAGACAAAAUCGAUCGGAGUCUUCGCCCUCUCCGCGCCUCUCUCUCUCUCUCUCUCUCUCUCUCUCUCUCUCUCUCUCUCUCUCUCUCUCUCUCUCUCUCUCUCUCUCUCACUCUCCCUCGCGGAGGAGGUAAACAAACCUCCCCCGAGAGGAGCAGCGGCAGCGCAGCAGUAUGCCCUGGAUCGAUAAUCGGCCGAACGCCGCGGCUCGUAGAAGUGGCCGGUGCUGAGUUUUGGAUGGAAAAAUGGCCCGACUUCAGACGACGAUCUCUCGGAGAGAAAAUCGAGAGUGCGACUAGCGGCGCACGCGGCUUCGAGCUCAAGAGGACGAGGAGCCGGGGCAGAGGAGGAGCAGUGUGGUUUCUCAGUUCGGGGUUUUUUACACGUGUGCAAUAGAUAGGGCCUCAACGCAUUGCGACAGAGGAGAUAUAUCAAAGUUCGGGAGUGAAAAGGAGUGACAAGCCGAGAGGAGGUAUUAUGGCGUACAAGUUCCGCGAGGAGAUCGUGGGAAAGAGGUUCCUCUCGGUUAGUGGUUUUUCGAAGUUGAAGGUGAAUAAGAUCAGUGAGUGGGGGUGGCGAGCCGGGGUUAUACGCGCAGCAAGUCACAGGGAUAACCUCUGCCAGGACCUACAAGUGCUGGUGGAAUACGACGACGUCGAGUGGCAGAGACGCGAGUGGCUCUCGCCCCACCGCGAUGCAGUCUUCUCGUUCUUCCUCGUGGAGAAGGGCCUCAGCUGGUCUGAGCGUCUCGAUCCGAAGCACACGAGCCUCAUCGCCAUCGAUCAUCACAACAACGCCGCCAACAACAAUCACCAUCACCCGCGCAUCAACGGAAAGCCGCUGCGCGGCAGCCAAGCGGCGGCCUGCUCCGUGCCUUGGCCGGCUCUGACGUUCUUUCCUCUGGUGGCCCGAGCCGAGCUUCCAGAGGAUGCAACGCCCAUCGAGUUCAUGCAGGACCGGAGGCUGGAGUUCGUCGACUACUCCAAGCUCAAGCCCUUCACGCAAGACUGGGAGAUGACGAAGGGCUCGUCUUCCUGGGCCAGCGCGGUCAGGCAAUGGGCCGAGAUGCAGGACGGCCAGAGUAUAUUGCUGACGACGCCGAGCGUCCUGGUUGGCUUCAGAGUCGAGGUCUACAGAGCCGAGGGUACCACCCAGUGGUACACGGCCGUCAUCGUUGGAUACAACGAGUCUACCAAGGACUUGACGGUGACAGACGACACGGUCCUGGAGGACCACAACGAGGAUCCGUGUCUGGUGCAGAUGCGGCUCAUCGGUGAUGGAGUUGUCGAGAGCAUCAUGAGGGGCGAGGACGUCGGGAUGACGCCGAGGAGGUCGAGGUCAUCGACUGGUCUGACGCAGGCUCUUGUGAUGCCGAGGAUAGGAAGAAGAUCCAGAGGUCGUCCAGGCAGCGCAGCCCAGCUGCAGACGACGCUGAGGUCGCACAGCCUCGUGUCCCAGCAGAUAGAAAAAGAAAAGAGUAACGUGCGCGGCAACCGGAAGCGCCGGAUAAGCGAGGGCUCAACACGCGGCGACAAGAGCGAAUCUGCGGAGGCGGCCUUGCAGUCCCGGCAAGAGGACCGCGAAAACAAGGGCCCCCUAUCGGGCAAACCUAACAACCGCACCCCACGCACAGCCGUCCUCGAGGAGACGAACGUCACGUCCCCGACGUCGGCCGUAGCGAAGCUCAGGCAACGUAGGGUCGGUGUGACCAAGUCCAGCAGCGCCAGCCCGGUCGAGAGUGCGCUCAGCCAGCGGCCCGUGCGCCGAAAAACUCGACUCGAGGCGAAGCUUCUGUUGGCCGACGAGGACAGCGAGGGCAGUGAGGAGGUCCAGGUCAGGCCCGCGAGGAAGGACAGGCUCGCCGCCGCCAACAAGUCGCCCAAGCAGCAAGAUGACGAGGACAAGUCCGAGGUGAAGGAGGAGAAGAAGGAGGACCCGUUGAUAAAGAGGCUGAGAUCGAGCCUCCUAGCCGACAAGGCCAAGAAGGAGGCCGCCAAGGCCAAGGUCCAGAAGGAAGCCAAGGAGAAACAGGCCGCGAAGAAGGAGUGCGCCGUCAAGUCGGAAGAGGAGGAGAGCUGCGAGUCAAGGGAGCGAGACCGCGAGCCCGAGCCUCCACCUACGGACAAGCGUCUCCUCGACACCGGAGACGGAAGCAGUAGCAGUAGCAGUAGCAGUAGCAGUUCCAGCAGGACCGGCAGCGACUCCAAAUCGAAGGUGACCGUCAAGGUCGAGCCCGAGGAGAAGCCCUCGGCGAAGGUCAAGCUCGAGAGCGGCAGCAGCAAGAGCAGCGAUGCCAAGGAGUCAGAUCUGCCCAACGGUGAACUCUGUGAUCAAGAGUGCAAAAGCUCCACGAGUAGUAGCAGCAGUAGCAACCUGCAAAGUACAAAAGACGAGGCCGCCGCGACUGGCAAGGACCUGAAGAAGGAGGAGAAGCAGCAGCAGCAACUGGAGCAGCAGGUGAAGAGAGAACCGAAAGAGGAGACGUCGGUCGAGUCCCCGAAGCCGAAGGAGCUGCUGGUGGGGUCCAGCAGUCGAGACUCAGGCACCGUGCUGGAGAGACUGAGCCCGCUGAGCGCCGGCGGCCGCAGCCUGCUCCUGCAGCACCAGCAGGAGGAGCAGGAGCGAAGUCGGCACAACGAGAGCCCCGUCAUCCUCGUCGAGCGUCUCAACAAACCACCGCCAGUGGCACAGCAGCAGCAACAGUCCCAUCAUCAGGCCCAGCAUCCCCACCAUCCGGCCCAUCACCAACAGCAACCACCGCACAGCUACCACCAUCCGGCCCACCUCCACCACCAGCAGCUACACCGCUACCAGGUGGAGCAGCAGCAGCAGCAGCAGCAGCUCCACCACCACCAUCACCACAACCCGCACCUGCUGACCCAGGCCAGCUUGCUGGAAGCUCAGCAACAUCAGCAGCAUCAGCAGCACCAACAGCAACAACAGCAGCAGAGUCGAGGUGCCGGUGGCGAUGAAGCCGGCGGGAGCCUCAUGGAGGUGGAGGCAGGGGUUGCAGGAAUCAGCAGCGUUCCAGGUAGCCUCCUGCCAGCCGGCAGUGCCGCCGCGAUCCGGGCAGCAGCCUACGGUGACAGUGGCAGCGACAGCGGGGUAAGCUCGCUGAGGAGCGCCGGCUCCGGCGACGAGCGCAGCGGCAGCCGCAGCUCGGCCCUCAGCGCCGAGGAGACGACGACGGCCACCGCCUCAUCGUCGACGCCGAACUCGGUGCCGGGCACCGCCUCGGCCACGCCCGCCCGCAUCUGGCACGUGCAGAGCGUGCAACACACCUCGCUGCUGAUGGCGCACCCCGGGGCACCGAGCGCGGCGCCCCCUAACGGUGGGGCGCCCGGUCUCACGGCCCCGCCGCUCGGCUACCCCAGUGGCGCGGGGCCCGGACCGCCCCCCGGACACCAUCACCCCGGCCUCACCCAGGACAUGAUCUGGAGGCCGCCCACCAGGUUCCUGCCCCUGCCGCCCAGCAUGCAGCAGCAGCCCAGUCUCGGCGAGGUGCUCGAGAGGGACAGGCACGAGAGAAUACUAAGAGAGCGCCGGGAGGUGGACGUGCGGGAGCUGCAGGAUUCUCGGGAGCGCGAGGCCCAGCUCGAGCGCGAGAGGAUCGAGAAGCAGAGAGCGGCCGAGCAGGCGGUACACAAGCACUUCGAGGAGUCCCUCAGGCUAGCCCAGCAAAAGGUGUCUUAUUCGCUUGUGCAGAGAAACAUGCAGACGGCCUCGGUGGCGUGGAACAGCUUCCCGCUGGCACCGCCUCCUGGGGCCGGCCGCAGUCACCUGGCCUCGCUGCACCACAUGCCCACGGCGCCGACCUCUCAGUCGCAGCAGCAGCAGCAGCAGCAGCAGCAGCAGCAGCAGCAACAGCAGCCCCCGAGCCAGAGUCAGAUGCAGCAGCGCGAGCGGGAGGAGCGCGAGCACCGGGAACGGGAGCACCAGCUCGCCGCGCAGGCCGCCGUCGAGAGGUCGCAGCAGGAGGCCAGCGAUUACGCCCAGCAGAGUCUGGCCUAUCUCAGGGCCGCGGUCACGCCGCAGUCCGCUCAACAGGUCUCCCGGCCGUCGAGCGUACCGGGCAAAGUGGACUAUCCCCCGCCGCCGGCGCACUCGCGCACCUCCAAGUCGUCCUCGUCGAUGUCGGUCUCGAGCAGGCACGACAAGCAGCAGCAGCAGCAGCAGCCUUCGCAGCACCAGCAGCAUCAGUCCCACCAGAGCCUGCCCAAAGCCGAGCCGAACGUCAGCCUCUUCGGCUACUCGGGCUACCAGCCGAGCGGCGGCUUCGUCCACGACAUCAAGGUGAACAAAUCCGCCUCGUCCUCGUCCUCGAGCCAGCAGAGCAAAGCCGGCCUGCUGGACAGGGAGCACCACGUCUCGGUGCGGGGCGACGUGCUGCCCAACCCGCCGCCGCUGCUCUCGGACCACAAGAGCUCCUCGGUCAUCGUGAAGAACGAGGGCAGCAGGGACCAGCACCCGAAGCAGCCGGUCGCCGCGCCCGCGCACUCGCCCAGUCCCAAAAUGAUGUCCUACCUGAACGUCCAGCCCGUCUCGGUGACGGGCUCGCAACACAAGUCCCCCUACGAAUGCCGCUCGCCGACGCAGAGUCCGCACGGCCACCACCACCACCUCCUGCAGAACGACAAGUCCUCGCCGCAGGGCAUGCUGAGCGCCUCGCCCCAGUCCGGCCACCACAGCCGACCGGGCAGCGCCCACCACCCCUCGAGCCUGCAGCAUCCGGGCCACAACCGUCACUCGCCCCACGGCCAGCAAGCCCAGUCGCAGCAGCAGCAACAGCAGUCGCAACAGCAGCAGCAGCACCCGGUCUCCCAGGUGCCGCACCCCUCGCCGCCGGAGCCCCGGUACCUGAGCAGGCCCGAGCCCCAGAUGGCCUACCCGCCACACCAGGCCAAGAGCCCCUACUCGGCCUACCCUCCGCACGGGCACCAUCCUCAUCAGCCCAGUGCCUCGCCCACCUCGCACUAUCCUCCCGCGCCCGCGGGCUCCAAGCCGAAGGUGAGCAGUCCGGCGCCGUCGCACAUCUAUGGCAAACCGAACUCGGGCAUAAUGACGGGCACGCCGGUCUGCCGGGCCUCGGACACGAGCCCGAACUCGAUCGGCUCGUCGUCCUCGGGCUCGUCAUCGGUGCCACUGCCUCUGACCUCCAAGGCCAGCGCCAACAGCGGCAUCAGCACGUCCUCCUUCCAGCCGAUCGGCCAUCACCCGGGUCCCGUCACGGGCUCGCAUUUUGCGCAUUUGCCGCCGCCUCCCGCCCACUCCAGCCGCAGUCCCUACGACUCUAGGGGCUACAGCAGCCCGCUGGGAGCGUCAAAACUGCCACCACCUAUGCACUCUGCGCCGGGCAUUGGUAAACUGCAGCCACCGCUUCACCUACUGCCGCCCGGGUCAACGCUGGCGCCGAUCGCGAGGCCGCCUCCAGGCAUAGUCCACCCGGUGGCGCACCACCAGCAGGGCCCGCAGUCUUUGAGCAGCAGCAACAACUUCCAGACGCAGCCGCUGGAUCUCGGCGUGGAGAGGUCCGGCUCGCCCAAACGCAAGGCUAGCACGCCCCAGGGCAGCGAGCUGCAUCAGCAACACAACACCGCCAGUAAUCUCUCGCUGCAGCAGCCCGUUUCGCUCGAGGUAACCAAGAAGCGGAGGAUAGAGGAUACGACGCCUCCGCCGCCCCAGCAACUCGCACAGCCACAGCCGCUACAGCAGCAGCCAACGGCAUUGACAGUACAAAACUCAGAGGGCUCACCGGUGCUCUCGAGAGUGAGCGAACCUAGUCCGCUCAUCGCCUCGGCGGCUACGUCGAUCACCACAGUUGUCAAUACCGCACUCUUGACGCAACCCAACAGCCAAAGCCAGGUGAACGUUCCUUCAGUCAGCCCAGCGCCGCGAACGGCCAGCGGUGACGGCUCGGUGCGUCCCUCAUCUGCGGGCAGUGUCGGCUCGCUGCCCAGCACCGGUAACGCAAACAAUAGUGCUGUGAAUCCACCUGCUCUGUCGGUAACGCCAACGCCCCUGCCGACUGCCAGCUCGACCGCCGCUUCGCCCGCGCCAUCGACGGCACCGAGCCCAGCGCCCAGCGCUCCAGGCACUCCUGCCAAGGCCGACAGCGACAAGUCCAACAGCCCGGCGCCCGCGAGACCGCCCAGCAGCACCAGCUACCCUGUGCACAAGCUUAAAAAGGCUUGGCUACAGAGACACUCUGGUGAAGACGGCACCGAGGACACUACCGGCGUUGUUGGUAGCGGCUCCUGCGUCACGCUCCCUCUGAACAUUGCUGGAAGCAAACAGUCCAACGGUACUGGCAAAGACAAAGACAGUAACACGAAUUCAACGACCUCCGCAGCUGCGAGUACGACUUCGGUCUCCUCAUCGUCGUCGUCCUCCUCGACAACGACGUCAACUACGAGCCUGCCGAGUGCUGUAAACUCGAUUCACAACAUCGGCAGCAUGGCCGUUAACAGUAUAAACAAAUCCAAGGUGUCGAUAAAGGCGCGAAAAACGCCGGUCAAGGAGUCGGUCAAUGGACACACGGCUGCGGCCGCUGCCACUGCGAACUCCGAGAGCUUGCACGAGGAUUCUUCCAACAGCGAGCCCGAGAGGAAGGCACCGCCCAAGCGUAAAGCACCCAAGGUAAAACGAAAGAAGGGAGCCGCCUGGAAACAGCAAACGGCCGUCCAGGAGCAGCGCCGCAGAAAGAAACAGAAGCAGGGUAGAGGAAGUGCAGCUGCUGGUAGCGAGUCCAGUAACGAGAGCGAGCCUGGAUCACUCAGCGACUCCAGUGAACAGAGAUUAAGCAUCAAUGAUCGAGCUGUCGUGCCCACGCUUGAAACCUUCAAAGGCUCGGGAAACGGGAAUAAAAAGGUCCCUAAAAAACGAGGACGAAAACCAAGGACCACAAAAGACGUUAAAGCAAAAGAGGAAGAAGAAGAAGAAGAAGAAGACUAUCAACCUCGUCAAAAAAAAAAGCGAAUAGAUAAUAGCAAGUCCAGCGGCGAUAGCGAUAAGAAUAAAAAGAGAAGAAACAAUCGAAUUAGUACAAUUGAAGAUAAACCCAGCGAAGAUAUAUUGUUAAAGUCCGGUAAAAGCUUUAUUCAAGAUGAUUUGUGCAUACGGUUUCAAUGCAAUAGAAUGACCAAGUGUCGAGAGUGCAGGUUAACUCAAAAUCAACGAGAAAAAAUAUGUUCCAUCAGAAGUAUAACCGUUUUCUGUAGAUUUUAUGCCUUUCGAAGAAUGCAAUAUAACAAAUCAGGAACGCUUGUUAUGGCAGGCUUCAACGACCCUUUCAUAGAUGCCGACGAUCAAGACAUACAGCUCUGGUUACCAGGCAAAAACAGCAGCCUCAUACAGACAAGAACCAACACAUAUACAGAAGAGACGAAAAAACAUACCAAAAAAGACUGGGAUAAAGGCGAUUUUGACAUUGAAUUGGCAUACCAGAUUAUUCGACAAGUAGGCGAUCAGUUUUGUGAUCUUGUACAUCAAGAAAAAAGUGUCGCCCAAGAGCAUUCAGAGAGAGAUGAUAUUGUUACAGUGACUUCAGACCUUGGUGAACAAUCAGUAAUUUGGAAACGAGUCGUUAAAGGAAUCCGAGAAAUGUGCGAUCUCUGUGAUACAACUCUUUUUAACUAUCAUUGGACCUGUGGCAAGUGCGGUUUCGUCGUCUGCAUUGAUUGCUACGAGGCUCGUAAGAAAGGAACACCCGUGUGGACUGAAAGUGGCAAAGGCCGCGAUAAGUUCGCCUGGCUACUCUGCGCCAACCGACAAACUCACACGCCGGAGCACUUGCUCCUCACUCAGAUCAUCCCAGCCGACUGUCUCAUUCAAAUCGAUCAGCGGUUACACGAAUGCCGCAACGAAUGGGGCAUUCCCAAGUACUGCAGCUGCGAUACUGCCUGUAAGCCUGUCAACGAAAACCUCAAAUGCCUCAUUAAGGGUGACCUUGUAUCAGUCAUGAACGGAAAUGCACAGCUAGAAACUAAGACCGACAAAAAAUGCAAGAAAGAAUCUGUAAGCGAGAACUCAAGUGAGAGCGGUCGAGCAAACGGCGAAGACAAAAACUCACCUCUGAACUGGUUGGCGGACGUAGCGCUGCAGAACCAGGACAAAAACGAAAGCGACUCAGACUCUGACUCCGAUGAAGAUCAAGACGGAGCUCACUCGACGCUCAGAGAGUUGUUAAUUAGAACGCCUCACAAGCCCAAUGGCAGUGGCUCGGGGCCCAACUCGCCCGAUACUGACAGCAAUACCGCAUCUGGCGACGCAACAGCUUCUGGUGCACAAGGCAACCUUAACAACGUUGCCAAGGCUGGGAAGAAGUCCAAGAUGGAUACGCUGAACGAGGUCAUCAGCAGUGUCAUUGAACACAGUGUGAAGAAAGGAGACGACUCUGGAAUAGAGGACGUGAAAUCGCGUGAGCUGAAGCACUUUGUACGUCGCUAUAAAUGUCCGCAGCGUGGCCGCGAGCCGUUGCCUAUCAGGAUAAUGACACUUACUGAGAGCAAACUUCUCUACCCGGACGUGCCUCACUCAUGGCUGUGCGAUGGAAAGCUGCUGCGGCUUCUGGAGCCAAACAAUCCAAAGAAUUACAGAAUAUUUCAAGACCAGUGGAAGCGCGGUCAGCCCGUCCUCGUAUCAGACGUUCACAAACACCUGUCUAAAGAACUAUGGCAUCCGGACAGCUUUUCUGAUGACUUUGGCACUCAGAAGAAUGAUUUAGUGAAUUGUAUGACGGGCAACCUCGUGCCAAAGCAGCCCAUGUACAAGUUUUGGGAUGGCUUCGAGCAUUCGUCUAAGCGACUAAAGGACGAGCAGGGUAACGCUAUGCUGCUCAAGCUUAAAGAUUGGCCAUCGAAAGGCGAUUUUGCUGACAUCCUGCCAACGAGAUUCGCGGAUCUCAUGGAGAGUUUACCUCUCUCUGAGUACACACAUAGAUACGGCAGACUCAACUUGGCUAGCAGAUUACCGGAGACAUUCACUAGGCCUGAUCUGGGUCCUAAAAUGUACAAUGCGUACGGGUCGGCCCUCUUUCCUGAUAAGGGCACAACAAAUCUACAUCUUGACGUUUCCGACGCUGUCAAUGUCAUGGUAUAUGUGGGGAUCUCUAAAGAUGGCGAUAGAGAAGAACACAUUCAAGAGGCUCUAAAGGCAGUAGAUGAAGCAUCCUGUGAUAUGCUAACGCGCCGGCGCGUAAGGGAGCAGGGCGAGAUCCCAGGAGCUCUGUGGCACAUUUACUCGGCGCGUGAUGCCGACAAAAUCCGUGAUAUGCUCAACUCUAUAGCGAUCGAGCAAGGAGCAAGACUAGAACCACAUCAUGACCCUAUCCACGAUCAGAGCUUCUACCUUGAUAAAACCAUGCGCGAUAAACUAUAUCGAGAUUAUGGCGUUGAAGGAUAUACGAUACUACAGUGUCUUGGUGAUGCUGUCUUUGUUCCAGCUGGAGCUCCUCAUCAAGUGCGUAACCUGCAUAAUUGCAUUAAGGUGGCCGAAGAUUUCGUAUCACCCGAGAACAUCUCGCACUGUUUCCAUCUAACGCAGGAAUUCCGUGCUCUCUCGGAUACCCACACCAAUCACGAGGAUAAACUUCAGAUAAAAAAUAUAAUUUACCACGCGGUUAAGGACUCAUUGACGAUCCUUGAAACGGUCAAAGAGGAGACCCUAGCCAAGCUAAAGUCUGAUAAACCUAGCUCGGCGACAACCACGUCGACACAGGAUGGCAAGGCAAGCAGCGCAUCCUCUGGGCCCUCACAGGACAGCAACAAAACUGGCGCUUCAAAGCCAAAACAGAAAAUCACAAACAAGAAUGCCGAGACGUAAUCCAGAGCCCGGUCACGUCUGGCAGACGACACACUGGUCAACAAAAAGAAAAACAAGCUGCGCGGAGUUACUCCGACGAGUCACUGACAUGGUCGUCAAGUACUCGAGAGAAUUUUGUGAUAUUCGAAUGAUUAUUGACAAGUUGUUCGAACGUUUCAAUCCUAGCUGCAGAAGGAUGACGUUAUGAAUAUGCACUCUCGUAUCCGCGAGUGGAUUUGCGAGAUCCACUCUUUCGGUAUAUUAACAUGUGAUAAAAAAAAAUAAAACUGUAUGAAACAAACACUACCGAGAAGGGACUUUGGAUCAAUAAGUUGAUUUGUAAUUAUAAUUGAUAUCGUGCCUGUAUCCAAUAAACUUUUGUCUAAACGAUUAUUGAAAGGAAUGAGAGAUAAAAAGAAAUCAAGCUAGCCUCUUUAGAUGUAAAGGAUUUUUGCUAUAUGUAUGAUAAUUAGAGGGAGACGAGGAGAGAGAAUUAAUUUUUUUUUCUGUCGGUGACGGGAGAGGGGAGAUGAUUCGAUCGCGAAGGGUUUUGCGAAAAAAACAAACUUAUUCUGCAAUUAGAUGAUUACGUUUCUGUUGCAUUUGCAUGAUUUAUUAUUACCUUCGUUAACGAGUUUUCGUUGAAAAACGAGAAAUGAAAGUGCAAGAGAGCAUGAAAGAAAAGACAAAUUUUACGUGAAAAAUAUGUAUUGAACACUUUGUUAAGAUGAAAACGGAACACUGCCUCGAACUCGUAAUUUCUGUCUAUCCCCUCUCCCAUUAUUAUAGAAACUUGAGAAUCAUUUUCCAGCCGUCCGAAAAAUGUUGUAGUUUGUCUCGUCCUCGUUGAAGCUUGAUUUUCUUUUUUGUAAUUGUGCCGGAUUAAGCGAGUUUGUCGUUUAAGGUGCCAAUUAAUGAUAUUUAAUUUUUUUCUUUAAAUAGAAAAAAAUGUUUUCUUACCUGACACGGUUAUAACGAGAAAAAUUAUGAUGGAACAUAUUGGAGUAUGCGUUUGGUUUUUGCAGAACUUGGAAUUUGCAAUUUCUCUGAUCUCACUAUACCUGUUUGUCUUGUAAUAGCGUAAACAACGACUCGAUUGUGAAAAAAUUAUAAAGUAAAGGAACGACACUUAACUACGUGUUGAUGUACUUCAAAUAAAAAGUUAAAAAAUUAACAAAAGGCUUCUCUUUGGCAAAAGCUUGCAAGAUAAACGCAGAUAUGCGUUGAUAUCGUGACUUUUAAACUAUUGAUAUUUGCGAAAUUCGAGGGCAGUGUGUAUAAAGUUAUGUAGAAAGAUUAUAUAAGUAUAUAAUAGAAAAGCGUACUUUGUGCAUUAUCAAUUUUUGCUCUACGAGACAGCAAACGAAAAGAAAAUGGAUGAUUAAAAAAAUUGCGGGGUUAGUUAAUUAAUACUCGUCCUACAAUGUAAAUAUCGAUUGCUAUAAAUAUUAUACAUAAAUAUAUAAAUAUAUAAAUAAUAUACAUAAGUCGCAUCUACAUAUACAUAUUAUAAAUACGGAAGAUUAGGAUACUAAGUAAGGAAUUUAAGAAAAAACCAACACUCCAGCAACCAGCGGGAAGCACCUUAUACACAUUAGAUAGUUAGCUUAUCAUCGUCAUUGACCAUUCAUCCAUCAUCCAUCAUCAUUAUUAUUAUUUAAUUUUUAUUAUUUUGAUUAUUAAAUAACAAGCUAUCAUCUCUACAAUUAUAUUAUUAUUAAUUAAUUAUUAAUUAUUAUCAUCCAUCAUUAUUGUCAUUAUUAAUUAAUUAAUUACAAAAAUAUGAUAUUUAAAUGUUUAAAUGUUGUCGAACAUACCGAAAAAACUGGAGAGAAUAAUGCAGCAACGCACGCUCUUAGGCGUUUUAUUAAUUAUUAUUAUAAAAAAAGAAAUGGAUUAAAAAGAAGAGAACUUGGUAGAGUGCGAGUAAACUCAAUGUGUAUACGUAUGUGUGCGUAUGUUCGGGGAACUCUUUGAAAACAUGGAAUAAAUAGAAGUAAACGAAAUGAAAAUUCAGCAAAAGAAGCGUAAUGAAAAAUGUGUUCUAUCGGAGGCGUGCAUGCGUUUUUUUCUUGUAAGUGUACGAAAGACUAAAAGUAAUGAAAAAACAAUGCCGUGUAUUGGGGGCGGAUAAUGAAACGGACGAUAGCUAAUUUUCUUUUUAUUUUAACCGGCACUUCAAUUUUGGCGUCUUGCUCAGUUUAUCGUUAUUGUUCUGACAAAUGUUUGUACAUAGUUUAUCAAUCUACGUUUGUGAUUACCAAUCGUCGGUUUGAAAAAGUUGCUCUUGUUUACAUUAAAGAUUUGAACAAAUUACAUUCGAGGUAACGUAAACCUUUGAAUUUCAUAGUAGUAGACGACUGCAAGAGCAACAUUUUCGAUCUGGAUUUCUAAUCGCACUAUCGAAAUUGACCAGCAACGUAGAGUUUUAUCGGAAGAAACGACGAUAACUCGAGAAAAGUUUCGAAAAUCGAAUUGCCAGUGCAAAGUAUUGGUUUUCGCCGGAAAUAGAAUCUCUGGCGAAGCGAAACGCAUGAGAGAGAGAGAGAUAGAGAGAGUGAGAGAGAGAGAGAGAGAGAGAGAGAGAGAGAGAGAGAGUUGCUAAUCGUUGCAGUAAACAAGAAACAUUGUACAGAAAUUUGAAUUGAUUGAUGCGAAAAAGCGAGCGAGAGAGAAAAAACACACCUCCCCAGUGUCUUCUGCUCCCCCUCGAUGAUAAAAAAAAAUAAUAAUGAUAACAAAACCCGCUGCGUCGGCCGUCCCCAAGUCAUAGCAGUUCAAUUGUGAAACCGCGGGCCGGCGGGUCUGAGUAUAAUUUUUUGUACUGUGUAAAUGUAAGAACAUACGUUUGAAUAAGAAAUGUUUAUAUUAUGAAAAAAAA